UAGCAUUUCCAUUUUUCUCCCGAUUUUAUUCUUAACAUUUCUCGUUUUGAAAAAAAUGACAAGAGUGUCUCGGGGAACAUGCUGAAGGGAAUCUGAACACCGCGAAGGGCAAAACCAAACCAACUCCAGUUGUCAUGGCUGAAGGAGAGAAUGAAGUGAGAUGGGAUGGACUGUGCAGUAGAGAUUCAACAACCAGAGAGACAGCCCUGGAAAACAUUAGGCAGAUCGUUUUGAGGAAAACGGAGAGUCUUCGCUCGUCGAAAGAGGCACCCUAUCGUCCAUCCGACGGACUUUCAAAUGCUAUGGCUCUGGAUGGGUUGAAUAAGCUGCUUGCUCAUCUGCUUAUGCUUUCUAAGAGGUGUCCCUUUAAAGAUGUAAGAGAGAAAAGUGAGUUUAUUCUGAAGAGUGUCCAGGAACUUGGAAUUAGAAUUCCUCGACCACUAGGACAGGGACCAAGCAGAUUCAUCCCAGAAAAGGAGAUUCUCCAGGUGGGGAGUGAAGACGCACAGAUGCACACUUUAUUUGCAGAUUCCUUUGCUGCUUUAGGUCGUUUGGACAACAUUACAUUAGUGAUGGUUUUUCAUCCACAAUAUUUAGAAAGUUUCUUAAAAACUCAACACUAUCUAUUGCAAAUGGAUGGCCCAUUACCCCUGCAUUAUCGGCACUACAUUGGAAUAAUGGCUGCAGCAAGACAUCAGUGCUCCUAUUUAGUGAAUCUUCAUGUAAAUGAUUUUCUUCAUGUUGGUGGAGAUCCAAAAUGGCUUAACGGUUUAGAGAAUGCUCCUCAAAAACUACAGAAUUUAGGAGAACUUAACAAAGUGUUAGCCCAUCGACCCUGGCUUAUUACCAAAGAACACAUUGAGAGUCUGUUAAAAGCCGAAGAGCACAGCUGGUCCCUUGCAGAACUGGUACAUGCAGUAGUUCUACUCACACACUAUCAUUCUCUUGCCUCAUUCACAUUUGGCUGUGGAAUCAGUCCAGAAAUUCAUUGUGAUGGUGGCCACACAUUCAGACCACCUUCUGUUAGUAACUACUGCAUCUGCGACAUUACAAAUGGCAAUCACAGUGUGGAUGAGAUGCAGGUCAACUCAGCAGGAAAUGUUUCGGUAAGUGAUUCCUUCUUUGAGGUUGAAGCUCUCAUGGAAAAGAUGAGGCAGUUACAGGAAUGUCGGGAUGAAGAGGAGGCAAGUCAGGAAGAGAUGGCUUCACGUUUUGAAAUAGAAAAAAGGGAGAGCAUGUUUGUCUUCUCUUCAGAUGAUGAAGAAAUUACACCGGCCAGAGAGAUAUCUCGUCACUUUGAGGAUACUAGUUAUGGCUACAAGGAUUUCUCUAGACAUGGAAUGCAUGUUCCAACAUUUCGAGUACAGGAUUAUUGCUGGGAAGACCAUGGUUAUUCUUUGGUAAAUCGUCUUUAUCCAGAUGUGGGACAGUUGAUUGAUGAGAAAUUUCACAUUGCUUACAAUCUUACUUAUAAUACAAUGGCAAUGCACAAAGAUGUCGAUACCUCAAUGCUCAGACGUGCCAUUUGGAACUAUAUUCAUUGCAUGUUUGGAAUAAGAUAUGAUGACUAUGACUAUGGUGAAAUUAACCAGCUGUUGGAUCGUAGCUUUAAAGUUUAUAUCAAAACUAUUGUAUGCACUCCUGAAAAGGUUACCAAAAGAAUGUACGAUAGCUUCUGGAGACAGUUCAAGCACUCUGAGAAGGUUCAUGUUAAUCUGCUUCUUAUAGAAGCUAGGAUGCAAGCUGAACUCCUUUAUGCUCUGAGAGCCAUUACCCGCUAUAUGACCUGAUGUCUUUCCUCCAUUGAAGAUGAUGGAAUGAUCAGCAGAUAUAGUCUACAGGGGGAAGGUACUAAGCCCCAGGACCAAUGGUAGAUAAAAAGAAUCCAGAAAUCCAUUGUGCCAUGAUUCCUUUAGUUCCUGCUAUUUUACUGUGGAAAUAACCACUGCUGGCACGAGCAGUGAUGCUUGGCAGCUUCAAGUUUAGAACUGUGAAGAGGGGCUGCCAUUCACAGUGUUUUGCUUUCUGACAGUACAAGAUGCUGUAUAACUGUUUUACUACAGCAAAUAGUAGCUCUCCAAAUCCUGUUGCUUUUAUGUUAAAUGAUAACAAGAAUUGGAGCAUGCAAAGAAUGAGACUUGGAUAAUGACGUAAGCUUUUAUACAUACAGAAUUUUAGGUCUUGGUGCUGCUAUUCCUGCUGGUGAAAUGAAUAGAGUGGCUGUUCCAGUUAAGCUAUUAGUAAUAAAUAUUAGUAAUAAAAGUGAACACUGCUACUAUCUGAGCCUAAAUACAUAAUUUGUGUGGUUUCAAAUUAAACCUGCAUAUGUGUUAACCUGCAUAUGUGUUAAUUUUUUUUUGCAUCUAAAAUAGACUUAAUACAGCUCAGCAAAGACCAUUUGAUGGUAAAGUUCAUUUCUUUCAUUAUAGUUGUUUUUUAAAAAUCAGUUAUUGAAGAACAUUAAAUUACAGUGGCAUUCUUAAUGACCUUGUUCAAAAAAAGCAAUUUAAAUGAACGUAUAUGUGAAAAGCUAUAUAAUUUUAAAGGCUGUCUAUCUUUUGAUAUGCUGUUUCCCGAGAUUUUCUGACACUGGACGGCAUCUGUCUUAGGCAGUAUUUUUGGUUCCAAAAACAAAGAUUUGAGGGCAGUGUUGCUGAAGGCUGCUUCACACUCCCCUACUUUAAAGGUUGUGCAGCUCCUGAAAUAAUAAAGCUGGAAAAAAUUUUUAGUCAGGUUAUCAGAUUUGAUUUACAAAAAUGCUUUGAAAUGCAAACAAAUUUGAAAAAAAAUGUAUUAAGUACUUUGUAUUCUGGAAGAGUGAACUGCUUUUGAAGUCUGUCAGUAUUAUUGGUAUUUUUCAAUAAAGAAUAAUUUUUCUCCAAUUGUA